UUGUUCUAGGUCCCAGCUCCCAGCUGAGAAUGAUGCUGUUUCCCUCCUCUCCUUUUCCAGCUUGCUUGUUUAUCUCACUAGCUUUUCAUCAGAGUAAUAUCCACUCUGCCUCUGUGCUGAGCACAGUGGGUCCUGCUCUUGGCUGGGGCUUCUAGUCACCACUACAGACACGAUUCUCUCUUGACGCCUGUCUCCUCCCUCUCCAUCCACGCUCUGGUGCUUGAGAGAGCCUGCAAAGAGACGCUGUCUUCUGUGGCUUCAGGAUCCCAGAAAGAAAUGGGAGUCUGAUGGAUUGUAAAUGCACCUGCUUUGUUUAAAAUCCAGCCAAACAGAUAAGUGCACGUUUAAUUCUCUCAGAACAGUGUUUUAGACAUAGCUCUGCACAGCAUCUCUCUUCAGUUCAGUUUGUGAGGCUCUGUGUUUCACCCCUGCAAAUGAAUGCUGUGUGGGUCUCGCUUCAGCUGAGAAACACCAGACCAUAUUGGUAUUUCACGUUAAGGUAAUUAAUUGGUGUUUGAGGGAACUGCAGCUGAGGGGUUGGGAGGCUCCCAGGGAUCUAUCAGUGCUCUUCCAGAGCCACUGUCUCCAGCAGCCCUAUGAGGCUUUGGGACUCUGAGGAGCAGCUCUGUGGGACCAGACGAGGCUGAUGUGACCCAUCUGAGUCUUAAAGAGUCCUAUGGGACUCAUUAGAGGUUUAAUAACUAAAAUUGGCUGGUUUGAUUGAGAAGAUGCUUGUGCAGGCUUGGCGCAAUCUCAGAGAAACCAACUCAUGCUGCUGGCAGGAGAAAGGGCUUUCUGCAUGUGCUUUUCAUAUGUGUGCAGAGAAAGUGAUAACCCUGCUUCCUCCAACCAGCUUCCAGGUGGGAAAAGAGCUAGGGGUGGGGGAGAAAAGACCUUGGUUACACUGAAUUUACCCAGGGCAUGCAAGGAGUAUCGUGAGUGAGUGGUAACAAGAAAUGUCCCCUCAAAGUUAGGGGAACGUUUUUAUCUCUCUACCAAGAGAGCAAUUUCUGGCUGCUUAGGUCUGCUUCUAGAGGUGGCCACUGUCUCCUGGUGGACACACCAUUGCAAUUACUAAAUUAUUCAAGAAACCCAUAAAAUAGGGUCUCAUGUAAAGUGUAACUUUGCAAUAAUACACAGCCAUGGGGCUGGGGUGAAUAUUUAGCAUAAUGCAAUUUACUCUGUUAGAAUAAUGAAAAGAAAAGCACUGAAGCUGUGCGUGUGAGCAUUGUUGGGGAUGUCCAGCAAGAGGCUGGACAAGAGCCAAAUUAUCUACUCCAGACUUGCCUUGCCUGCUCUUCCAGGGAUAAUUACUAGUGUAAAACAUCUACCUUGCUAUUAAGGAAACUACAAAUAGGUUUGCUACAGCAAAUUAGGCUGUAGUAACUGACCUGAAUUCAUCUUACCUACCUAUGCAGAAGGUAAGUUUCUUGGUGAAGUUGCCAAUUUAGGGGUGAUAGAGAGAGACAGGGGAGACAAGGAAGGGAAGUGGGAGGUUGCUGCAGUUUGUGAGAACUAAAUCUGGAUCAACUUAUGAUCCCUGAAGUGUCUGAAGUUCCUUCUUUUCUGGAAAAACUUCACUGCUGCUGUUAUUACCAAAGAAUUUUUUGUAUUAAUAGAAGAAAUGGCACGUCUGUUAGUCAUGACUAAGCUCUGUCUUACAACUGUAAACAAUACUUAUUCCUGACGCUUCAGUACUUUGAAAGCAAAAAAGCUUGACUCUAUAUUAAGAAACACUGAUUAAAUGGAGCUCUAGUGAGAAAAUCAGGGCUAGUUCAUUCGGCAAGGGUGGAUAGGAAGCUUAAAAAGCUUAAAUCCUCUCUGUGUACCAACUAAUACAGAUUAAUGUUUUUCUCAUCUCAGAGAUUCUCAAGGUAUUAAUUGUUAGGCUUACAACUUUAAAUCCCUUUUUUGCCAGUGAGCUGCAAUCCAUGUAUCCCCCUAUUAGAACCCAUUAAAUUAACCCCAAGCUGGACAGUUCCAGUCUGGGCAAUCUGACAUUACUCAAAGUCAAAUAUGGGAAUCGUCCUGAGGUGUGGCUGGCAUGCAACAUGUAACACCCUGUGCUGCCUGGAAGAAGAAGCAGAAAACACUUGAAGUGUCUCUUGGGAGCUGUACUGAUGAGAGAGAUGAUACCAAGGGUGUUCUACUCACCUGUGGUUUGGCUGGUACUUCCUGCAGCUGGGGAGAACAGAUUCAACAGCUCUUGUCCAGUUCCUAAAAAAAAUUAUGUCCCGAAAAGAAGAUCCUUGAAUCCCUAACUCCUUGUCUUACAGGUGAGCCUUGAGGACACUUGGGAGACUGUAGCUCCUGAAUGUGGGACCUUCCCCUGUGAUUAGAAGAAAGCCAUGGGGAAAGACAAGAAAGAAGAGGCCAUCUUCCUGAGGAAAAAGAUAACUUUGCUGCGGGCUUUCUCGCUGCUCAUCGGCAGCAUGGUUGGCAGUGGCAUCUUCAUUUCCCCCAAAGGAGUACUGAAAAACUCCGGCAGCGUGGGAUUCUCCCUGCUCGUCUGGUUUUCCUGUGGGCUCCUCUCCGUGUUUGGUGCCUUGUGUUAUGCAGAGCUUGGAACAAGAAUCACCAAGUCUGGUGGACAUUAUAUCUACAUUUUGGAGACACUAGGGCCUCUGCCAAGCUUCUUAUUCCUGUGGGCAGAGUUUUUUGCGAUCAGGCCUGCCAACAGUGCUGUGAUUUCCCUGGCAUUUGGACGCUACAUGCUGGAGCCGUUUUUCUCCCCCUGUGCUGCCCCUGUCCCUGCGGUGAAGCUCGUGUCUCUCCUGGGCUACUACAUGGUCCUCACCCUCAAUUCCUGGAGCGUCACCUGGAGCGCACGGCUGCAGACGGCUCUCUCCGUUGUCAAACUCCUGGCUCUUGCACUCAUCAUCGUGCCAGGGAUGAUGCUGCUGGCCCAGGGCCAUACAGAGAACUUCCAAGAUGCUUUUGACAGACAGUCGCUGGUUCUGGAUAAACUCCCCCUGGCUUUCUAUGCAGGCAUGUUCGCAUACUCCGGCUGGUUUCAGACCAGCUUUGUGCGUGAAGAGUUGGUCAAACCUGAACGAAAUAUCCCCCUCGCUGUCAUCGUGUCUGUGAUCACGGUAAUUGUGGGAUAUAUGCUCACCAACGUCUCCUAUUACACAGUCCUGGGAAAAGAAGAUGUUCUGGCUUCUCCUGCUGUGGCUGUGAGCUUUGUGCAGCGAGCCUUCAAAAGCCUGAUCUCCGUGGUCCCUGUCCUUGUUGCACUGUCCUGCUUUGGAACCAUGAAUGGAGGAAUCUUCACAUUUUCAAGGACUCUGUUUGUGGCUUCCAGGGAAGGGCAGUGGCCUCCUCUCUUCUCCAUGAUCCACAUUCGAAGGCAUACCCCCCUUCCUGCUGUCAUGUUAAUGUUCCCUUUGGUCACUGCCAUGGUGUGCAUCGGGGACAUCUACCAUCUGCUGAACUUCUUCAGCUUUUCCCGAUGGCUCUUCAUAGGAUUAGCCACCCUUGGGCUCAUCGUCCAUCGCCACCGUCACCCAGAGCUGCACAGCCCCUUCAAGGUUCCCCUGUUUGUUCCUGUCUCUUUUACCAUCAUCUGCCUCUUCACAGUGGCAAUGUCUUUCUACUCAGACCCUGUGAACAUCAGCAUUGGAUGCACCAUAGUUUUGAGUGGUUUUCCAGUCUACUACCUCAUAAUUCACAGGCAGAUGUCAGACCGCUGCCGUAACCUGUUUUAUUAUCUUACACACAAACUACAGUUACUGCUGGAAGUUGUCCAACAAGAAAUCAAGACUUACUGAGAAAACCAUCAAAACUCACAGAAGACAAUAAAAAUCUACUUACACCAUUUUUGACACCUUUGAUCCUACCAAAAGCAGGCCAUGCUUUUAUUCUUUUUAGUCAAUGCAGCUGAGGAUGACUGAGCCAAAACCUUGUUGCAAGUGUUCCUAAGCAUGCCAAGUGGGAUCUGUUCCUGCCCUUUUAUUUUUUUCACAAGAGCAAACUAGUUCUCUGAAAUGAGCUUGCGUUGCCUGCAGAGUGUCUUUGAAACCAAGAUCCUAAUUUUGCAGCCUAGCCCAGUCCUGAGAAAAAAUGUGUGUUUGUACAGAGACAGUAUUUUGUUUUGCUGGCUUGGCAAAUAGAGGAAGUGGGCAUGUUGCAAAACUAUCCAAUACAUGGAAGCCAAAUGGAAGUUUCAAACAGAAACGCUUUAGCAGCCUUGUUGGACAAGGGGAAGGGUUGGGGAGAGCUAAUUAGGGAUAAGGCAGAUGAAUUGGAAAGGGGAAUGAAGGACGAUAAAAUUUUAUCCACCAGAAAGUGCAGAUUGAGCUAAUGAGAAGAUAUUUGAAAUUCAAGUAUUAACAAAGUCAAGUCAGAAUGUUUUGCUUUGAUUUUUGUAUAAGCAGAAUGAGUUUUUUAGCUUUGAAAUAAUCUUUCAACUUUUAAUUUUACUUUUCUGAAAUUACAUUUUUAAAUGUACAAAUGCAUUUUUAAAACAAUCAGUUAAAUGUCAACUAGAAUAUGACAGGAGAGAUCCUGGUCCCUCCCCCAGCUUCCCAGACCCACUCCUCACCAGUGAAAUUGCAAACUCAGAAUUUGGCCUAGCUCCAGUGAAAUACAAUUCCUCCUUUAAUUAGACAGGACCACUGAUGAGACUUGGGCAGAUUCCUGAAUAAAUGCAUCUUCUGGUGUUGUAAGAAGACAUGAGCGACUUCACAUCCAAGCUUUAACUUGCCAAUUGCACAUGACUUGCUGAUUUAAUCCAUAAACACUCAUUGGAAGGAUGGCACAAGAAAGGUUUCCAUUAUUGGAUUACUUUGGUUUACAUUAUUAAUGUAGCAAUGUUAUGUCCAGAUAAUACAGCAAUUAGCGAUUUACAAUCACGUAAUUGUUAAUAGGUUCCUAAAAGAUGGGGAGUAGCAUGCUGAGACUCCUCUAAUGACUGCUGGAAAGAGGAACAGCAGAAUGUGGAGCAUUUUUUAAUCCUUUGUAUCCAACAUUUAUGUACUUAAAAUAAAAACAAAGUACCAUUUACAAAUCCAAUGUAAUAUACUGAAACAUGUAAAAUUUUGGAACUAAAGUUGGGUUAUUUUCAAA